AUGCUGCCAAAUUGUUGGUCGUUUGCUCUCUUGUCCAUAAUUGGCAUAUGUAGCGGACUGAAAAAUGUUAAAGUAGCAAGAUCAGUGGAUCUGAGAUAUGCUGUUACCCGGAUAGAACAUUCUAUCACCAUUAAUGAUGGAUCCGCCGACUACCAUUUCGUAGUUCACCCUAGCGAAGCUGCGAGAUUGGCGUUCAUAGGUGCUACAGUAAGUUAUGAAGGAAAAUCUGAGCUUAAAAAUUCUGGCCACGAAUUCGUAGUCACUACAGUACUCACGGCGCAGUUGGAACCCAAACCGGCAGAAAUACUCCAGGGCGAAAAUCAAUAUGUGAAGUAUACAGGAAACAUUCUUUUCUAUUCAGAAUACACAACCGAUGAGCAAGUGACCAAUAUAUUGUUGCCAGGUGGAGAAGUGCUUCGUUAUACCGAUGCACCAGAGCCCGUAUCAAAAAGUGGAAGCAAGAUAACUUAUGGUCCUUAUAAAGAUAAACCAGCUCACUCAUAUUUACCCCUUCACAUCCAUUUUGAAAACAAUAGGCCAUUUUUGACCGUCAAGAAAAUGACGCGCCAUAUUGAGGUUUCUCACUGGGGGAAUGUCGCGGUUGAAGAGACGCUCGAAAUCGUUAACGCUGGAGCCAAAUUGCGGGGUUCCUUCUCAAGACUUGACUUCGAUUUGGGUCAUGGUCGCAAGUCUGCCGUGGUAUCUUUCAAAACGGCACUGCCUGCCGCCGCGAAGGAUAUAUACUACCGAGAUGAAAUAGGAAACAUUUCUAGUAGCGCCAUAUUAGGACUUCUGGAUGCUGUAGAAGUACGUCUGCAGCCGCGUUUUCCUCUAUUGGGUGGCUGGAAAACGCAGUACACGCUGGGUUACAACGUUCCCGCUCAUGAGUUUUUAUAUCGUACAGGUUCACAAUUCAAGCUGAAAAUGCGUUUCGUGGAUCAUGUUUACGACGAUCAACUAAUUGAAGAUCUGACGGUGAAAAUUGUCUUGCCGGAACUGGCUACAAAUAUUGAGUUUAUUCCACCAUAUCCGGUUACCGAAAACCCUAGAGAAGUACUAAAAACCUACUUGGACACUACCGGUCGAACUGUCCUUGUUUUCAACGCACGGAAUUUGGUCAGCGAACAUAUCAAAGACUUUGAGGUAAUGAUCACAUCUGCACCGUUUUCCCAGCCAUAUUCGGAAAGUGCUAACGAUCCGUCAACCACGAAAACCGGUAAAGUACAUCCACAACUAGCUAAACGCACUUCCAUAAUCAAACAUCGUUCAUUCGGUGUUACCAUUAAACGUUAA